AUAGUCACACUGAAUUAAACACAGCAUUGUACUCUCUCUCUCUCUCUCUCUCUCUCUCUCUCUCGCGUUCAAUGUUAAAGCAGAAGAACCAACUUUUUCUUGGAUGAAGAUAGAGUGAUCCCCUUUGUGUAGACUCUCUCUCUCUCUCUCUCUCUCUCUCUCUCAAUCAUAUCAGAUUCGAUAAACCACGAGUACUUCUGUGUUAUCGUUAUCCAAAAGAUGAAAAGAAGAGAUAUCUUCUGCGCAUCCCAUGCCUCAACAGCUAUAUGUCUGAGCAUGGAGCAAGCAUCCUCCUGCUCCUCUUCCUCCACCAUUAAACUCGGCGGCAGAGCCAUCGACCGCCAUAACCCCAUCAUCAGAGAUUCAAGAAGAAGCAACAGAGCUUUCUCCGCUCCAUGCGCUUCUCAGCUGCCUCCCAUCAAUCCCAAACCUUACCACCAGCUCCAAAACCAAAAGACCAAGAAAAUCUCUUCUUCAAAGCCAAGAGACCAACGCACGAAAAUCUCUUCCAAGACAAGUACUGAUCAAAAGAAGAAGAAUACUGUAACCACGCCGAAUGAUCAUCUUAUUAACAAGAACUCUCAUCUGCAGGCAGCUGAUAUUGUACGGAAGAUCUGGGGUAAACAGGACGAUUUAAUCAGUACUCCUCCUGCUUCGUCGAGAUAUUUGUUGAGCGACACUGCAUACUUCGAUGGGUUAUCGGAUUACGACCCGGUUUUCUCGUUGGUUCCGGUUGCACAAAAGACGAAGACUCAAGCUGUAAAUGAUCAAGAUGAAUCCUCUGUUUCAAAACCUGCCUCUUUGUCGUCUCGCCCAAAAUCUCCUUCGUCCGAUCAGGAUUUCUCAAAGUCUCAGGUUGUGGUCUUGAGGGUGUCACUCCACUGCAAAGGCUGUGAAGGAAAACUGAGGAAACAUCUAUCUAGAAUGGAAGGAGUGACGUCCUUCAACAUAGACUUUGCAGCGAAAAAGGUAACAAUUAUGGGGGAUGUGACCCCGUUAGGCGUCCUGGAAAGUGUGUCAAAGGUGAAGAAUGCACAGUUUUGGCCAGCUGCAAUUUCAUCUACUUCCGCUGCUGCUGCUGCUGCUGCAGAUGGCUCAACUAAUGUAGAAAUCAAGAAAGGCUUUACCUGAAUGAGAAAAUCUACUAAAAAUUCCGCUGUGGGUUGUGUGAGAAUCAAUGUAGUCAUGUAAAUCCCAGUCUUAGCAUGGGCACAAGAACAAGAAUCUCUGCCAUUUAUUAGAGUUAGUGAAGAAGAGAAGGGGUUAAUUCUGUCCUCUUCCAGUUAUGCUGCACAUGAGGGGUUUUAGAAAUUUAUAACUCUCAGUUUGUAUGAAAAAAGUGGGACUUUUCAGGUAUUCUAAUUUAUAAUCAAAUCAAAAGUACGCGAGUUCUAGGGCCAUUAUAUCUAAA